AUGGGAGACUCGAUAUCACCUUCGGAAUUACUUCCAGGGCACGCUGGGGAAGAACAUUUCUUAUCACUUGAAGAAGGAACGACUCCGCAGGUCCACCGGCAGGAAGUGACUACAGAUGCAAUGACAAACCUUCAACGGCGUAACGUUUAUGUCUCUGGCCUCCCGGAAACGUACCGUGCUUCCGAGUUUCGUGAUCUGUGUCAGUCGUUCGGUCGGGUGGAGGCGUCGAAACUCUGCGUUGACAGUAAGUGCCGGCCGGCGAAGGGUUAUGGUUUUGCACUUUUCUUCGAGGAGGAGGACGCAUUGAAGUGCAUCGAAGGACUUAACGGCCGAGUGCUUAUGGGCGGCCGACCGUUGCAAGCACGAAUAGCAGACGCCGCUGCAGCGCCCGCGCCACUGGACCCAUCAAUAGCCCACCCGCCCAUUAGCCGCACGCGUCAGGGAAUGAAAAGUCACCACCGACAGCUUGGCGCAAGCAUCAGCAGCGGAAGCGGUCCUCUCGACAGCUCCAUCGUUCUCGGGCGGAGCAUGUCCUUUUCCUCUCGAGAUGAUCUUACAGGCUCACAACUCGGGCUCGCAACAGCACUCAUCCCGGGAACCGGAACCCCAUCGGCCCCGACAGCUCUGCACGCACCGAUGCAAGCGCCAAUUCACGGUGCAGGGGUCACACAACCACCAGGGGCCGUUGGUUACUCACUCGCGCCGUUCCCUGUGCCUGGUGGCUACAUGCCUGUUGGGCACUCCUUCAUUCCGCAACAAACUGUUGGCAUGCCUCUAUUUGUGACUAUGCCACAAACCGCGCCCGUCUCCACUACUGUUGCACAGCAGGUCGUCGUCCCGACGACAGCAAUUGUCGCACCGAACGGCUAUACACCACAGCUUUGUUCAUCGCUGGUGUAUCCUCCGGUUCGAAUGGAGUGA